AAGACGCGUGAUUUCUAUAAUUGGCCUGAUGAAUCCUUUGAUGAAAUGGACAGUACACUAGCUGUUCAGCAGUAUAUUCAACAGAACAUUAGAGCAGAUUGCUCCAAUAUUGACAAAAUUCUUGAACCACCUGAAGGCCAAGAUGAAGGUGUAUGGAAGUACGAACAUUUAAGGCAAUUCUGCCUUGAGCUAAAUGGACUUGCUGUCAAACUUCAGAGUGAAUGCCAUCCAGAUACUUGUACUCAAAUGACAGCAACUGAACAAUGGAUUUUUCUUUGUGCAGCUCAUAAAACUCCAAAAGAGUGUCCUGCUAUAGACUAUACUAGACAUACACUUGAUGGUGCUGCAUGUCUUCUGAAUAGCAAUAAGUAUUUCCCCAGCAGGGUUAGCAUAAAGGAAUCAUCAGUAGCAAAACUAGGAUCAGUAUGCCGUAGGAUUUACAGAAUAUUUUCACAUGCUUAUUUUCAUCACCGGCAGAUAUUUGAUGAAUAUGAAAACGAAACGUUUUUGUGUCACCGGUUUACUAAAUUUGUGAUGAAGUAUAAUUUGAUGUCCAAGGAUAACCUGAUUGUACCCAUUUUAGAGGAAGAAGUUCAGAAUUCAGUUUCUGGGGAAAGUGAAGCAUGAAGGGAAUCAUAUAGAAAAAUGUACUGAUCACAUGAUUAACAUGAAUUAUGUACUGUAUAUAUAUCAUUUUAGACACAUCAAUCAUGUAUUCAUAUUAUAGCUUCUUUGUGUAGUAUAGGUUUUUGUAUGCUGUGUUUGCCUUUUAAAAUGGGAAAUACUUUUUAAGUUAUUCAUGAGCUGUAUAUUCACUGGUGUGGCACUCAUCAUUAUAAAAUAAGAUUAGUAUUACCUGUUUAUAAUGCCUGUUAAUAAAAGACUUUACAGUUUGGUAAAACUGCUGCUAAACAAUCAUUGGAUCACAAUCUUCAUCAAACAAAACCAUAUAUAAAAAAAUGAAUGAGCUUGAUGUUUCUCACAAGCCCUACUAUAGAGGUAGUCUUGUUUUCCUUUGGUUUUACCUGAGUUUAGACAUCCUAGAAAAUUUUGUAGUACAUAAUUCCAUCUUAUCUGUUAACUUUCCCAAAAUGAGAUAAAAGUGUUUUAAAAUUCUGUUUAUGGUAUUUGAUAUGGAUAUAUGAUUAUGUGCAUAUCAAUGUAAAUGCAAACACAACAU